UUUGAACUUUGUCAAAAGUGUGAACCGAGAUUGUAAAUUUUAUCAACCUUCAAGUCAUCGAUUAUCGACUAAAAUACAAUAGGAUUUUGCAAAUAUUAAAUAUGAGUUCCGGUUUUAUAUCAGAGUCUGAAAUAUUGGAAGCCAGGCGGCGACGUCAGGAAGAAUGGGAGAAAGUACGGACUGAAGAUCAACCGAAAGAAGCUCCAGAGGAGGCAUAUGACAACCGGCCACUGUUUCAGCGGCUAGAGGAACAGAGAUUGAAGAAAGAAGCGGAAUUCGAGGAGGCACAUAAACUUAAGAAUAUGAUCAGAGGUCUGGAUGACGACGAAGUUGGUUUCCUUGACCUUGUGGAGCGUACUAAAGCAGAAGUUGCUCAACAGAUAAGCAUUGAAGAGAAGAAGGAGAUGCAAGAAUUCAGGGAAAGAGUCUCGAAUUUGGCAGAAAGUGAGGAAUUGACUCGCUUGAGAGCACAACUAGCCCCCGCUCGAAGCACACAGACCACCGCUCAAGCACAGAAGAAUAAAUUACAAGGGGUUGUAGUAAGGAAGCGAAAAGCGAGUGACAUGGACGGUGAUAAAGAGAAGGGGUCACCGCCACCUAAAAACGGAGUUGUUCACCAUAAUAACAGUGCUGAUCAGAAUGGUCUCUCAUCACCGGGUGAGACGUUGGGAGCUCUACGGUGUGUCGGUGUUUUGCCCGGACUCGGUCACUACGAUACAGACACAUCGAGUGACACAGACUCCAGUGAUAAUGAUUCUACUGACAAGUGCUGUUUGAAAAGGGAUCUCCUCGGUCGCAGGCCGGAGCAGGCGGGUGAAGGGAAACGGAAGGAGGAGGAGAAGAGUUAAAUUUAAUUUUGAACUUAAUUCUUUGUGUAGUAAGGUUGAAAUUGCAUUAAAUAGAUUUAAUAACGCCCAUUGGCUAUUUUUGAUCGGAAAAUAUUAUGUAAUAAGGCUAGUAUUUCAACAACAAUAUAAAUACUGGAAUUUGUUAUUCAUUAAUCUAUAUAUAAUAAAUGAUAUGAUGAAAUAAAUAUUUCAA